UCGCAAUUUAAUUUUUCGACCUCGCAUAAAAACCCAUGCUGGAAGUCCGUAAGUGGAAAAUUGAAAUGCCUUCCAUAUUUUCAGGUGAUAGGAAUGGAUAAAUGUGGCACAACUGACCUCUUUACCCGAAUAUCGCGACACCCAGAUGUAGUAGUGAACACCAACAACAAAGAAAACAUGUGGUGGUCCUGGAAACGAUAUGGUUAUUGGUUAUGGUCAGCGAACACAAGGAAAUCAUAUUUCUCAGACUACGUUAAUUAUUUUAGUAACACGGCUGCUUUGUUAAGUAACGCCUCUCAAAAAGAUGGCAAGACAAUGCUUAUCACAGGGGACGGAACUCCGAUGGAUAUGUGGGAUUUCCGGGGAUGGAAAAUGAUACCACAGAACAGGGGACUAGCCGAACCCCGAUAUUUAACUCCACAUCUCAUAAAACACAUAAAUCCUGACGUAAAACUUAUAGUUAUACUCAGAAAUCCAGUAGAUAGACUGUAUUCAGACUACUAUUUUAUUGACAAUGGAGAGCGCAUCAAGAAUCAAACCACCUUUCAUCUUGCUGUGUUAGAAGCGAUUAAUGUUCUUGAGAGAUGUCGCACACGAAGAAGUUUGAGGAUUUGUUUGUUUGAUUUUAAUAUUAAUGCAGCCUUAGUUAAGGGAAAAACGAGAAUACAUUUAGGAUUUAACGCCGUUUAUCUACGAGAAUGGCUGUCAGUAUUUCCACGUGAUCAGAUGUUAAUUCUACGUACAGAAGACUACUCAUCUAACGUGUCCUCUGUUGUCAGAAAAGUAUUCAAAUUUCUGGAAUUACGUGAUAUGACUGAUGAUGAAUUAGAAAAACUGAAUAUUACGAUAUCAGAAAGAGUUUAUGUUACCAAAGACAAGAUUGGAAAACCGCCCAUGUACCCCAAAACAAGACAAAUAUUAGAAAAUCUUUAUCGUUCUGAUAUACAAGACUUAUACAAAAUAUUGAACGAUGAAAGAUUUCUAUGGCGAUCACAAAGCAGUGUUAUUGUUAAUAAUAAUGAAAAUGUAACACAAUUUUAUAAAGUAUAUUAUGAAAAUAAAACAUGAUGCCUAAUCUCUCUGAGAGUUUAAUGGUCGUAUUGAAAUGAAUAUCAUAAUAAAAAUAGAUUUUUCAUGAUAUUUUACAAAUGAUUUAGUAUCUGUCUGCAAAGAAUCACAAUACAUGCUACAUUUUGAAGAGUGCUUUUUAGCAAAUCUUUCCAACUCGACGGACAAGUAUCAUUCAAAAGUCUACCAAUCCAUGUAACUUUCAGACUUUUAUGAAAAGAAUAAAGAUAUACAGCAGUAUUCUGAAACCUUACUAUUCAUAAC